CCUGUCAAAGUCCCCCGUGUACGGUCUCACACAUGCAGAUAACACCUGUGGUGGGACAGGUAGGCACCUCCUUCAGUCCCGGAGACAGUCAGAGCAGGAGCUGCCUGGUUAGAAGAAAUGGCUGGCAUCAGACCGCGGGUGAUUGUCCUGAGCAAGCACGAGGGCCAGACCUUCGGCUUCUUCCUGCGCGUGGAGCGAGAUGAGGAGGGCCACCUGAUCCGUAGCCUGGACAUGGGCGGGCCGGCCGAACUGGCGGGACUCAAGGACGGAGAACGCAUCAUCAGAGUCAAUGGCGUGUUCGUCGACAGCAUGGAGCAUGCUCAGGUAGCCGAUCUGGUUAGGAAGAGUGGGAUGUCGGUGACGUUCCACGUCCUCAGCGAGGCCUCUUACAAACAGGCCAAAGAGGAGGGGUGGGACCUGGCUGAGAUUCCACGCCAGAGUGCCAUGAACGGGGUCGCCGGCUCAAACACUAAGCCCAAACUUUGCUACCUUGUCAAGUCCACUGCGGGCUAUGGCUUCUCACUUAGGAGUGUGAAAGGGGAGAAGGGUGUGUUCAUGAUGGACGUGACCUCUGGAGGCUCUGCCGAUACUGCAGGGGCCAAGGAGAAUGACCGCCUUGUGGAGAUCAAUGGGGAGAAUGUGGAGGAAGCCAACCACGAGCAAGCCGUAGAGAAGGUGAAGGCCUCUGGCAGCAGUGUCAUGUUCCUGCUGGUGGAUGAAGACGGGGACAGAUUCUACAAAAACAAAAACAUUCGCCUUGGAACGAGCCUUGCCACAGUCAAGCAUCUCCCGCACGAGCCCCGUGUCGUUGAGCUGGCCAAAGGCUCUGAUGGCUAUGGCUUCUUCCUCAGAAAAGAACCUAAAAUGGAAGGUCACUACAUAAAGGACAUAGACCGCGGCAGCCCCGCGGAGAGAGCCGGCCUGAAAGAGAUGGACCGGCUGGUGGCCGUGGCUGGGGAGGAAGUGGAUCAGUGCACGCACGACCAGGUGGUGGACAAGAUCAGGCAGGCGGGAAACAAAUGCUGCCUCCUGGUGGUAGAUGCCGUGACAGACAAGAUGUACAAACUGGGUAGGGCCUCCCCGCUCCUUUUCUGGGAGGAAACUCGAGCAUCCCCAGCCAGCCAGCCUGAGCCAGCCAAGAAGCCAGAGCCCCGACCUGAUACGCCCCCACCCACUCCCAUACCCGCUCCCAUACCCGCACCCACACCAGCACCAGCACCUGCGCCAGCACCAGCGCCCACAGAGGACUAUAAACCUAAACUAUGCCGGCUGGUGAAAACUGCUUCAGGGUUUGGCUUCCAUCUCAACGGCAUCCAGGGUGUGCCCGGGCAGUACAUCAAAGAGGUGGUGAAGGGUGGUGCCGCAGACAAGGCCGGUCUGGAGGAAGAUGACGUCUUGGUGGAGGUGAACGGCGUGAACAUGGAGAGCGGCACCCACGAGGUGGUGGUGGACAUGAUUCGCAAGACGGGGGACACGCUGGUCCUCCUGGUGGCGGGGAGGACGGCCUACGACCACCUGAAAGCCACGGGCGUGGCCAUCACCCCCGCGCUGCUGGGUCUGGAGGCGACCAGGCCUCCCAGCCCACCCAGCCCACCCAGCCCAAAGCUCCCAGAGGUGAGAAAGGAGGAGGAGAAGGAGGAGAAGAAGAAGACGGAAGAGGUCAGGACAGAAGAAAAGGAGGAGAAGAAGACGACGGAAGAGGUCAGGACAGAAGAAAAGGAGGAGAAGAAG